AUGAAAAAGUCAGGUUGCUCUGGAUUCUACAAUCCGUUUUCGACCAUCGCCACCCUGCCAUCACCAGAGUCUGUAGUUAGUUUGCAAACAGCGCCUACUGCGGAGCAGCCCGAUACUACUGAUGGCCAUAAUACUAUUCGUUUGGCCAUACGUAAAUUAACAUACGCGCCAUACGAAAGCAGUCGGCCGCAGCCUCACGUUGAAGUCAGCCGGGAGUUCAUAAUGAGUUCAGGAAUGCUCCACAUGGAAGCUUCCCUUGACAAAGAAAUGUACUACCAUGGUGAAUCGAUUGUUGUCAACGUGUAUGUUCAAAACAACAGCAGCAAAAGCGUAAAGAAGAUCAAGGUAGCUGUUGUGCAAAUUGCGGACAUUUGUUUGUUCAUGACCGCAUCGUACCAAUGCGACGUCGCAAAGUUGGAAAGCGUGGAAGGCUUUCCGAUUAGCCCCGGCGGAACCCUGUCAAAGGUGUAUUCGCUAUGUCCCCUUUUAGCAAAUAACCGAGACAAACGAGGCUUAGCGCUUGAUGGAAAACUGAAGCAUGAAGACACGAAUCUGGCUUCAUCUACAAUUCUGUCAGAAAAAGAGCCGAGGGAAAAUCUCGGUAUCAUCGUGCAGUACCGCGUGAAAAUUCGCCUGACGGUCAGCGGUGCUCUUGGAGGAGAGCUUUGCGGUGAGCUACCUCUGAUUCUGACUCAUCCGAAGCCUCCAGCUUCUUCUGAGGAGUCAAUAAAA